AUGAGGACGCUCGCUCUCCUCGCUGCCCUUCUCCUGCUGGCACUGCAGGCUCAGGCCCAGACUCUCCCUGAAAAUGUGGAGGAAGAAGCAUUGCAGGAGCAGCCUGGGGAAGGGGACACCAUUUCCGUGUCCUUCACUGGAACCGAGGGCUCUGCUCUCCAGAAGGCAGGCCUUAAGAAGGUGUUCAACUGCCGGUGCCGACAGCGCGUCUGCGGUGCUCGAGGGCAGGUGUUCGGGAUCUGCAGGCAGGGCAAUAGGAACUACGUGUUCUGCUGCCGCUGA